ACGUUUUGUUGAGUCAGAGUGAAGAAGUGGCCCAAAGAAGAUCUACUGAAACAGCCAACAGGAUGCGUCCGCUGUUCCUCCUUUCCGUAGUGGUGAUGGUGUCCAUCGCCUGGGCGCACCCUCGCCUCCCCCUUCUCUCCUCAGAGAUGGUUGACUUCAUUAACAAAGCUAACACCACCUGGAUGGCCACCAAGAAUUUCCAGAAUGUUGAUACCAGUCAUAUCAAACAGCUGUGUGGCACCAUACUGAAAGGACCCAAGCUGCCAGAGAUGGUUCAUAAUAUUGAAGGCAUUAAACUUCCUGACAGCUUUGACGCACGCCAGCAGUGGCCCAACUGUGCCACAAUCCAGCAGAUCAGAGAUCAAGGCUCCUGUGGGUCCUGUUGGGCCUUCGGGGCAGCUGAGGCAAUAUCUGACAGGUUGUGCAUCCAAAGUGGUGGUAAGGUCUCUGUGGAGAUCUCCGCUGAAGAUCUGCUAACCUGCUGCGAUGAAUGUGGCAUGGGCUGUUUUGGUGGCUUUCCCUCUGCUGCUUGGGAAUUCUGGGCAAACAAAGGACUCGUCACAGGAGGCUUGUAUGACUCUGAAGUUGGCUGCCGACCCUACACCAUUGCUCCCUGUGAGCAUCAUGUGAAUGGAAGUCGUCCUCCGUGUGGGAGUACAGAGACUCCUAAGUGUGUGCAGCAGUGCAUUGAUGGAUACUCGCUGUCAUAUGUGAAGGACAAACAUUUUGGUAAACGCACGUACAGCGUCCCAUCUGAGCCGGAGCAGAUCAUGACGGAGUUGUACAAGAACGGGCCUGUGGAGGCAGCUUUCUCCGUUUAUGCAGACUUUCUGCUGUAUAAGAGCGGUGUGUAUCAGCAUGUGACAGGGGAGAUGCUGGGUGGUCACGCCAUUAAGAUCCUGGGCUGGGGGGAGGAGAAUGGGACGCCCUACUGGCUGGCUGCAAACUCGUGGAACACUGACUGGGGAGACGAAGGUUUCUUCAAGAUCAAGCGUGGAAAUGAUGAAUGUGGUAUUGAGUCAGAGGUGGUUACAGGAAUCCCGCUUAACUAGAUGAAAUGAUCCUGGCAGC